UGCGCCAGCUGGUUUUGGCCCAACAACGUUACCUGUAGGAAAUAAUACAUCGGCGGAAUCACGUAACAUUUCUUCAUCAUCAUCAAAUGAUUCGUCAGGCAGUGGAUAUAAAUUUCCGGAUCGUUUCAAAGCUUUCUUCCGUUAUCACAAUUAUAAUUUAGAUAAUCAGAAUGAUAAUAAUGAAGAAUUUAUUAAUGCACCGUGGAGUGCAGCAGAUGGUGUUAAAAAAUACGGCCUGCAUCAUUUUAACAUUUGUAAAGUACUUGGAAAAGGAAGUUUUGGAAAGGUAUUAUUGGUGGUACUUAAAAAUAAGGAAGAAUAUUAUGCGAUGAAAUGUUUGAAAAAGGAUGUAAUACUUGAAGAUGACGAUACUGAAUGUACCUUUAUCGAACGACGUGUACUCAUCUUAUCAUCACAAUGUCCAUUCCUUUGCCAGCUGUUCUGUUCAUUUCAAACAAAAGAAUAUUUGUUUUUUGUAAUGGAAUAUCUCAAAGGUGGUGAUCUCAUGCAUCAUAUUCAAGUGGUUAAAAAAUUUGAUGAAAAUCGUUCUCGAUUUUAUGCAUGCGAAAUUAUCAUUGCAUUACAAUUUCUUCAUUCAAAAGGCAUCAUUUAUAGAGAUUUAAAAUUAGAUAAUAUUUUAUUGGAUUCGGAUGGGCAUAUUCAUUUAGCUGAUUUUGGUAUGUGUAAAACGGAAAUGAACCGAGAAAAUGGUAUGGCAUCAACAUUUUGCGGUACACCGGAUUAUAUUGCACCCGAGAUAAUUAAAGGUCAAUUAUACAAUGAAGCGGUUGAUUUUUGGUCAUUCGGCGUUUUAAUGUAUGAAAUGUUAACUGGUCAAAGUCCAUUCCGUGGUGAAGGAGAAGAUGAGCUUUUCGAUUCAAUUUUAAAUGAAAGACCAUAUUUUCCAAAAAGCAUUAGCAAAGAAGCUGCAAAAUGUUUAAGUGCGUUAUUUGAUCGUAAUCCAAAUACUCGUCUUGGUAUGCCAGAAUGUCCAGAUGGUCCAAUACGAACACAUUCAUUCUUUCGUGGUGUCGAUUGGAAAAGAUAUGAAACACGACAAAUGCCACCACCAUUUAAACCAUCUGUGAAAUCACCGAAUGAUAUUUCGAAUUUUGAUGAUGAUUUUACGCAAGAGAAGCCAACACUUACACCAAUUGCUGAUAAAACAUUAUUAGCAUCAAUUGAUCCGGAAGCAUUUCUGAAUUUUUCAUAUACAAAUCCGGAAUUUAGAUAA